AUGGAUCACGAUCAACUAUACGACUCUCCCCAGUCUGCUAAAGACUCCCUUCUCGACAUGACAGCGCUUUUGAUCGUAACGUUUGCGCAGCGUGCAGUUAUGGCUCCGUCGUAUCGUGUAACGUUACUGGCCACCGUAGAAGGUGAGUUGGUGCGGGAAGGCCGGCUACCACCAAAGGGGUUUGGCGGAGUGUUUGGUUGCAUAAAGCGUUUGUAUGUCAAGGAAGGCGUAAGGUCAUUUUUCCGUGGUCUUUUAACUGACGCUGUGCUCUCUCUCCCUGCGACCGUUGUUGAGAACAUAAGCUCUACGUUGGUGUCUUUCGCGUUGCAGGUGGCCAUCCCUGUCAGGCUCGUCGAGUCGAUGAACCCGUGGACUUACUUGACUCUUUCACUCAGCUCCACAUCCGCUGCAGUUUUACUCGCAACCCCUGCCACGGGCCUACACAGCACAAUAGUGACGAACUACGUGGCUGACAUUGUUGCACCUGUUCCCUCGGAGAAGUCCAAAAAUCCUGACAAGGAUGACGGUGAAAACAACAAGGAGAUUAAGGAAGGCGAGAAGGGGGGUGAGGAAUCGUACCGAUAUGCUACAGCUACGGAGGCGGUGGCGAGCAUAUUCCGACGGUGGGGAUUCAGCGGUUUCUAUCGUUGCAUCGGUGCCGAUGCUAUUGCAGUCUUUCUGUACAGGGGAACCUAUUAUUACGGGUUGCAGCUGUUACCCAGCACCCUGCAUAAUCGCUUCCCUUAUGGCAUAAGCCGAUGCCUCGCCGUCGUUGCUGGUUUCUUAACUCAACCAUUUGAAGUUGUUAGUCGCCGCAUGCAACUCACUGCUUCCUCCACAACGGGUCGCCGCUACAAGGGGAUGCUCCACUGUGCCCGCACAAUUGUUGCGGAGGAGGGAUAUACGGCUUUGUGGGCGGGGAUGCAAGCACGGCUACUGGUGACCUGUGUGGGUGUGGCGGUGCUGGAACUGCAUCGCCAUUUCUGGGCCGUUUAG